AUGUCUGAAGCUGACGCAAACAAUCUUAUUAAGAAGUAUGACAAAAAUGGCGAUUCAAUCCUCACCAAGGAUGAGCUAACCGCAAUGAUCCUUGAACAAGCAUCUCAACAACAAGGACCUCCUAAGGAUAUUGUGUGCAAACCUAAGAAAAAACCCGCUAAGGUUCCCGAAGAUAAGGGCUUACAUAUGAGGCUCAGUCGGAGCGAGAUUAGAGAUAUCUUCUUAGAGCAUGAUAUUGACGGCGAUGGCUAUCUCAACGUAAGUGAGCUAACAAAAGCCUUUAGCUUCAUAGGUUCGAUGCUUCCACUCUACAAAGCUCACUAUGGUCUAAACUAUGCUGAUGCUGAUGGUGAUGGUCGUAUCAGUGAGGAAGAGCUCGGAAAACUCGUUGAUUAUGCCGAGAGAGUUAGUCGAAGGAAAGGGUUUUGUUAA